AUGAAUAGCCCAGAGAGUUCUAUUUCCAGGGCUGAAAUAUUCCAGUACCUUCAGGAUCAUUUUCGACGUGGAAGGAAGAGCAAGAGGACUUACUCGUGUGUGAACGAAACAAUCAGAGUCAAUGUUUUGAUGUUAAAAACCGGCGGAGAAUUUUCCAAAGGACAGGUUGUUUUUAACAUCACCUAUGUUAAUGGCCAGGUGUAUCUAAAUGAUUUCCCAAUGAAGAGCGGCGUUACCCACAUAACGUGCCACACAAUGAUCUUGGAGGACGCGGAGAAGCCGCUGCAAGGGCAGCGCUUGGGCACGGUGGGCGCCCGCAUCAUGGUGCACGAGUGGCCGCUGGCGUCCAGCUCAGACCUGAAGCUCGUCGUCAUCCAGGAAGAAGUGACGGAAAUUGAUGGGAAACAGGUUCAGCAGGAAGAAGUAACUGAAAUAAAUAUUUUAGUGAAGGACACGAGAGUCCUUCGGCACUCGAGCUACACGGUUCCUCUGAAGGAGAGCAUGCUCUACUCCAUGCCCAGGGCCAGCGACACCGUGUUCACGUUCCCCAACCCCGCAGGAAAAGAUAUUCAAGACCCCCUGCAAACCACCAGCCAGUACCUUAUCCCGCAAGCAGAAACGACAGCAGAUGAGGAGACUUUACCUGGGAAGUUACCAGAGACCCCUCUUCGGAUGGAGCCUCCAUCUUCUUAUAAGGUGAUGUGCCAGUGGGUGGAGGACUUCAGAAAAGGCCUGUGCAGAUUCUGGUUUCGCUCCUUCCCCCUCUUCUUUAAUUUGAUGGAGGUCAUCGUGGUCGGAGUUGUUGGCGCGACUCUCAUCCUGAAAGUCUUAAAGGUCAUUUUCCCUUCGUGUGAACACAAAGGCAUCCUCCUCCUUCCUCAGGACAGCUUUGUACCUGUGAUUGCCAUCAGUCUGCCUGCAGAGGCCCCCGACAGGAAAGACAACGUAGAGGAGAAAGCCUGCACUUAAUGCUCUCUUACUGGGGACGGGUUGGGAUUUUUCUUUUAUUUUUUUUUCCCCCUUAUGAAUUUUUAAGUUGAUUGAAAUUUGGCACUUGAUUUUAACAUGUUGUUUGUUUCCUGCUAAGAAAACUAAGCUAUUUGAUAUGUUGGUAACGGGGCAGGGAGGCUGAGGCCCUUUCGAGUGCCUCAGGUUUAGCUGGUUCGCGCCCAGAGGGCCACAGCUUGGUUUAACUUCUGUGAAGUCAGCGCCCGGCGGCUCGGACAGGCUGCAGCGGCCUCUGCACCCACAGCCCCAACCGCUCGGCUGCCUGAAGCAGCGAGAGGAGAUUCAGGGUGUCCUGAAGCCUUGAAACAACCUGUGGUGGCGUCGGGAGCCGCACGAGCGCCUGCGAGCCCCAGCGGGGCCGCCGGGCCGGUUUCAGGGGCUGCCGGGCCAAGCCGGCCUUGCCAGGAGGCCACCGCUUCCAAACCGCUUCCAAACGUGGCUAAAGAACUUGACACGCACAGGCUUCAAAUUCAGUUCUAGAUCUCAAGCACUUUAUACCAGAACUUGCUUUUACGAACCCUUACUCUCAUAGAAAUUGUUAGCCCUUGCCCUGGGCUCACUUGCCAGGAGCUUUCCCUGUCCAGGACAGCAGGACUCUGCUACGUCUCUAAACCAAAAAACUAGUUCCACGAAAGCACUGGUUUGCUCUGGCUGAACAGGCCCAGUUUCCCAUACUGAUUUGUAUUGUUAAUGGUUUUCAAAUAAAUAUUUGAAUUAUUA